AUGGAUGAAGAUUACUUCACUAUAGACAUAAGCGGACACGAAUAUAAUUCUAAUUUCAAAUCUGAUUCAGACAGCUCCUAUUCUCUAUCUUCAGAAUCGCUCACUUCGCAACCAAUUCAAGAUAAUGAUCCUUGCAAAAUUGACGAGGUUAAAUUGAAUGAGGAUGUUAUAACACUGAAUCAUAAUUUUACUAGUGAUGAUGAUGAUUUUAUCAAACAUUUGAGGAAUCACAUAUACAAUUCAAUUGGUUCCGAAACCUUUUGUCAAACAUCACAUUUCUCUGGUAACAACUACUGUAUUACAUUUUGUAAAAAUGGAUUGACAAAUAAAUUGAACGAAAUGUCAUUUUUGUUAAGAAAUAAUUGCGGUAAAUCAUACCCAAGGAUUUUGCGCUACAAAAAAGUGCCUUUGUCAAAACACAUUACUCAAUGUGCAAAAAGAUACUAUACAAAUAUACCAGAUUUGACGACUUCCAAAAAUUGCCCUGAACCAAUUAUGGACUUUACCCAUUGUCUAUCAUCAUUGUACCUUUUGCCUAAAGAAAUGUGCACUGGUUGUGGGAGAAGGGAUUGUCGCAAAACAUGGCAUAGCAAUAAACUUUGUGAUUUCUACCCUUGCGACAAUUGCGGCCAAUUAAAACAUCACAAAUGCAGGCACUUACACGAAUUAACGUCAAGAAGGAGUCAGAAAAUCCCUGAUUUACCAUCUAAUUUUAGGGACUACUUAGCUAGUUCACUCAAGUGUCUAAUUUGCGGGAGAAUUGGUCAUGCAAAUUGUGCCACAAAUACCACAAUUGUUUCAAAUAGUAAUUCCCAGUGUAUAAAUGCGGCACAAAAGUUCAUUAAUAAACAAAGAAAUCAUUAUGGUGAUAAUAAGAAUUACCACAAACAAAAACCCCAUCAUACGCCUACGAAUAAACGAUAA